GUCGGGUUUUCUGUCUGCAGCUCGCAGAGAGAAGAUGUCGGCCGACGACGAGGACAAUUACGUUUGAAAGAUAUUUCAAGGUAUUCUGGGAGGCCGUCGCGAUAUGCAAACAUGCUCGCCGCCGUGUCCUCUGCUCUGUUUGCGUGCGCGCAUGUCAUUGAUAUCACUUCGCCGUUUGUGAUAUACUCCCACAUCCGCACCGUCCGUCCCUUCCGCCGUCCGCACACCGCAGAGCUGCGGGGGAUUUCAGUCGACAUGCUCGUCCUGAACUGCGAGUCCGCGGUCUACCGGCUGCUGUGGGCGCUGGUGUAUCUGUUUCCGAGCGAGACGGUGCGGAAGCAGCAUCGCGCGCGGUAUCCAGUCACGAAUCCGACGAUCGAUUCGCGUGAGAUUAUAUGGCAAGACGUCCCGCUCGCGCUCUCCGCGCUGGUUUUCACGAUCCUCAUGCUCGGUUUCGACAGGCGCGCGGCUGUGGAGCAGAUCCGUUUGCGGUGCUCGCCUAUUGCGAAGUACACGUCCCUGUUUUUCUUCCUGUGCGCGUUCGUGGUCUUUGUGCUCGCGUCCUACGUUCACGUUGAUCAGACGACCGGAAUGGCCUUCUACGGACUCUACUACAUCGACUUUGUCGACCUCCUCAAAGGCCUCGCGCACUUCUUCUACCAAGUCCGGCUCUGGCCCCAGCUCGUCAUCAACUGGGAAGAAAACUGUACCGUCACAUGGAGCACAACGUUCACCCACCUCCUCCUCUUUUCCUCAGGCUUGAAUAUAUCCGGUAUACUCCUCCGCUGGAUCUCCCUCUCCGGCCUCGACAGAGCAGCAAAUCCCGCGCCCGGCCGCCUUCUCUCUUCUCUCCACACCCUUCUCAUCUGCACCCUCCUCUACGGCCAAAUCUACUGGCUCUACAAACGCGACAACGAGCGCGCGUGGAGAGGCAUCAUGAAACGCGCGUCAGACGAUGGCUACACCUCUGACGAUAGCGACGCUUCGUCGGUGAGCUCGGAGUCCGCCAGAACUAGAGCACGGCGGCGGACGUCGCCUGGUGUGCAGCGCGCGGUCGAUGAUGAGGAAGGUCGGAUCGGGCUGGUCUCUCUUUCUGUGAAAUAGUGUCUAUAGUUGUAAUUACGAUUGGAGUUGGGUAUUUGGUGUAUAUACGGGUCUUUUUUUUUGUUAUAUAAUAGAUAUAAAACAUUUCAAAUCACAUGAAAAAUUAUGGCUACAAGAAGCAAAUAAAUAAAAUAAAUCAGAUUAAACACACAAAUCAUGAUACGCAGAACCACAAAUUUUCGUAAACUCCUAAUCAAAAAAUAAUAAUAAUGAUGAUGAUAUCAACUUUCAGACCCAUACAGUAUUUGUUUUUCUUUUCUUGCAGUGAUAAC